AUGGCUCCGAAUUCACACAGCACGCAGAAGCGCAAACUAGUGAUCAACUGGGAUAGUGUUCGUUCGAAGCUCUCAAAACUCUCAUCGAAAAAGCUAAAUCGCUUCAUUCGGAACUUGGCCUCCCGCGACCGCGGGGAGGCAGCAGCUGAACAACAUCCUGGUGGUCAAACACCACCAUCAAAGCCUCGAAAUCAACAUUACCGCAACAAAAGCCCCUCUUCCCAGAAUCACAUCCACUUAUCUCCGCCAUCACAACUGCCCGCCCACUAUGGAAGUCCUCGACCGUCAGGAAGUAGUCGAACGUUGUCUGUCGAUGCGAAUCUGGUGCCCCGCGACAUCAAGGCCCCAGAGUUACUGGCCUCACCAUCCGGAAGCUUGGAUUUGGACAGCGGUUCACCGUCGGCAGCAGAUAUCCUUGUCAGGCUUCCUGGUGAUAAGCCCGAAAGAUCGCAACAGAUGACGGCAUCGAUCGGCACACAGUGCGCGAAAAUUGACCUGACGAGACGCAAACCUUGGAACGACAGACCAAAUGACGAAGUUCACAGCGGGUGUGUUCAUGAUCUCGGCUCGGGGCUUGAUAUCGUUGUGAGGCUUCCUGGAGACGCACCGGACCGAACGCAACAGGUGACGGCUUCAAUGGACACCCAGUUGAUAAAGAUCAAUCUGAUGCGACGGGAGGUAUGGGACAGAUUGAACAUAGAUGGACGCGGCAAUCUAGAACAUCUCGACGACGACUAUUAUGUCAGAAACUUGGGCUCAGAGGAAAUCCGAAUCGAGGGCGUUGUACGGAAUUUGGAAUGGCGCUUCAAAAAGGGUGCCAAAACAUACCAAUCUGAUUUCUACAUCAUUUCGAUGCGCUACGAUGUGUUGAUUGGUACCGAUACCAUCAAUGCGUAUCGGCUGCUGCGUGUUGGGUCUGACCUUCUGGAACACCUUGAGAAAAUGAACGGAGUUAUGAGUAUGGAGGACAAAUUGAUCAAUGCAUGA